AUGGUGGCAACAGUCCUUUUAAAUUAUAUGAACUUUGUGGACUUGGCAUCAAAUGUUGACAUAUUUGAGAAGAACCACGAUGAGUUGGACAUUGAGUUCUUAGGGAACGUGAAAGGGAAGCCAUGGUGGUUCCAGACGAACAUGUAUGGAAAUGGAAGCACAGCCAUGUAUGGAAAUGGAAGCACAGCCAUGUAUGGAAAUGGAAGCACAGCCCGUGGAAGAGAAGAGAGAUACGGAUUGUGGUUCGACCCGAGCAAGGAGUUUCAUCGGUACAGCAUUCUUUGGACUCCCAAGAACAUCAUAUUUUAUGUGGAUGACAUUCCCAUAAGGGAGGUGGUGCGCAACCAAGCAAUGGGUGGCGAUUACCCGUCAAAACCAAUGUCCUUAUACGCCACCAUAUGGGACGCUUCCACUUGGGCCACCAAUGGCUGCAAAGACAAAGUAGACUACCAAUUCGAACCCUUCUCUUCGGAGUUCAAAGCCCUUGUCUUCGAAGGCUGUCCGAUGGACCCCAUCGAGCAAGUCCCCUCCAACAACUGCACUGGCCGGACUGCCAAACUGGAGGGGGCAGAGUACGCCGACAUCACGGCGGAGCAACGUAAGUCCAUGCGGUGGUUCCGGGAAAAGUACAUGUAUUAUUCUCAUUGUUAUGAUAACAUAAGGUACCCGGUACAACCACUGCCGGAGUGUGUGACAGUCCUGUCGGAGAGAGAGUUGUUCAAGGACUCCGGGAGUCUGAAGGAGGCUCAGAGAAUGAAGUUUAGAGGUAGCCACCGGAAGCACCGCCGUAGCCGGAGCUCAUGGAGGAAGACCGUCGGUGGUAAAGUUGGUUCAGGUUCUGGCCAAUAA